AAAGAGCAAGUGGAACGAAGUCCCGAUAUACUUAAGCCCGCCUACGUCCAAAUUUCCAAUAUACAGGCCAGGGAGCGAAAGCGACACGCCAAGUGCCAAUGCCUUCGAGUUGCGGGUCAGAGAAGCUCUGAAACGACCCCUCUCUCCCGACUCUGCUCUCCUCUUCAACUUCAUCACUACUGAGAGUUACUUCAACGCCAUCUCCCCGUCAUCAUCAAAGUCACUAGCCCUGACUCUGACAUCUUCAAGCGGAACAUCGCAGAAUCGUUUCGGAGCUUUUCUUUUCUCUGUAUGCAGAUUUAUGUGGGCUGAAAGAUUGAAAAGAAGGCCAUGUGUUCGUUCUCGUCGCGGAAGGCUAGGGUUUGAUUUGCUGUUUCAGAUUAAAGUUCGCAGUUCGGAGGUUUUCGACAUUUUAUCAGCUUUUAAUACUAUUUUACUUUGAUUUAUUGGGAGUUCUUUUAUCUUGUUCCGGGGAUCUCUGUUUAUUUGUCGACUCUUCUGAUUGUUUUUAAGUGCUGGGGAAGGAAAUGGCAAUUUGUUCUUCGAGCUUCGGGUUAUCACUUUUGGCCAACUUGCCCAAUGAGAUUGAUUCGAUUAAGCAAUGCAAUAGAAACUCGUUAGUUAAUGUUAAGGCGUUGGGUUCCCUGAGGAGUGGUGAACUAAAGAGUCUUGUAAAGGUGGCAACUUUGACUUUUUUGACUAGCGGCAGAAGCAACAUACAUAUCUCGAGGGAUAAGAAGAGGUUCGAAGUCCGGUGCAUGUCGCAGCCGCAGGCUGAACCAGAGUUUAAUGAUCCAGUAGGUACGGUUUUGCAAGCGAGUGCGGAAAUUACUUUAGCAAAGGAUUCUAGGGUUUUGCCAAGUAGCUUUGUGACAGAUGUUGACAAUGGAGAUGACAGUGGGUAUUCUCUAGGUAGUAGUGAUGGCAAUGGAAAGUUCACAUUUGGAGGAGGAGGUGGUGGCGGCGGAGGUGGAGGCGGAGGCGACGGUGAUGGUGAUCAUGAGGAGAAUGACAAAGAAGAAGAGGAGUUCGGUCCGGUAUUGGAGUUUGAGGAAGUAAUGAAAGAAACAGAAGCUCGAGGGGCUAGUCUUCCUUCAGACAUGUUAGAGGCUGCGAAGACUGUUGGAAUUCGCAAAGUUCUUCUUCUUAGAUACUUGGAUUUGCAGGGAGCAAUUUGGCCUUUAGGCUUUGCAAUCAGGUCCUGCUCGUUGCUGCGUAACCGAAUGCUUGCUGAUCCUUCUUUCCUUUUCAAAGUUGGAAUAGAGAUAGUCAUUGAUUCUUGUUGUGCAACAUUUGCGGAAGUCCAAAAGAGGGGCAAGGAUUUUUGGACAGAAUUUGAGUUGUAUGUGGCUGAUCUUUUGGUUGGCUUGGUUGUUAACAUUGCAUUAGUUGGCAUGUUAGCACCAUAUGCUCGAAUUGGACAGCCAUCAAUGUCAAAGGGGCUCCUUGGACGCAUACAACAUGCUUAUGGAGCUUUGCCUAGUAGUGUGUUUGAAGCUGGGAGGCCAGGAUGUAGUUUUUCAGUUCAGCAACGGAUUGCAACAUAUUUUUAUAAGGGAUUGGUGUAUGGAACUGUUGGAUUUGCAUGUGGUCUUAUUGGCCAAGGGAUUGCAAAUUUGAUUAUGACUGCCAAACGGAACAUAAAGAAAUCAGAUGAAGAUAUACCUGUGCCACCUCUUGUGAAAAGUGCUGCUCUUUGGGGUGUUUUCCUUGGAGUUUCUUCAAAUACUCGUUACCAGAUUAUAAAUGGUUUGGAACGCAUGGUGGAAGCAUCUCCUUUGGCAAAGCGGGUCCCACCUGUUGCAAUGGCUUUCACAGUUGGCGUUCGAUUUGCCAACAAUAUUUAUGGUGGUAUGCAGUUUGUGGACUGGGCCAGGUGGAGCGGGGUGCAAUAAUAAGUUUAGGUAAUUUCUACCUAAUGGCAUGGCAAUGGCAGGUUAUGCCAGUGGUAAGAAUGGAUUUGGAAAAUAAAAAGAAUACCUAGAAUAUUUUCAUGCAGGCGAUUUCUUUCUUACAUUAGGCCCAGGAUGGAGAGGAGUAGAGGACCCCCCCUUCAUAAAAAGUUGCGGUACUUUGUGGUUAAUGGUUCCUGAUAUAAUCCUUUCUGGAUUUUAAUUCCUUAUUAUUGUUUAGUUAAUUUGAAUCUACCAAUAUAUGAAAUACCUUUUCUUUUCUUUC